AUGGAGGCGGAGAUGCAUGAGAAGUGCUCGGACUACUCCGCCGCAGACGACGGCCAGAGCUCGAGGACGUGCUCGGAGAUCAGCGCCGGUGCCGGUGAAGGAUUCGUACUUUUUGGCGUGAGAGUUAUGAUGGAUGUAUCGUUCAGGAAGUGUGCCAACAUGAAUAACUUGGCUCAAUUUGAUCAGCAGCCGCAGGACUCCACCAAUGAUGUCGCCGUCGGCUAUGCUUCCGAUGACGUCGUUUAUCCCUCCGAAAGGAAUCGCAAUCGGAAAAGAGGUGGGAAAGGAGAUUGGAAGGGAAUUUCAAGGAACUAUGUGAAAACAAGAACACCGACUCAAGUUGCAAGCCAUGCUCAAAAGUACUUCCUCCGCCAGAACAACCACAACAGGCGGCGUCGGAGGUCUAGCUUCUUUGACAUCACAGCCGACGCGAUCCCAAUCCCAUGUGAUAAUCCAAGCCCACUACAGAAUCUGGUUCUCAACCAGCUCAACAACUCGCCCAAGCCCAUUAGGCCCAUUCCUAUCUUACCUCCAGCUUCCAAAAUGGCCGACUUGAACUUAAACAACCAGAAAUCAGCCGCACUCGGCCCUCAUUCUCAGUCACUCGACCUCUCGAUAUCAUCUCAAUCUCAGGAACCACCACAGUUGUCCUAUCAGCAGUCACCGCCCGCAAGACAUGUGGCGUCUUUCCAAGCAAUGCCCACCGGAUUUAAUGAGAGUGGUGGGGACAACAUCAUUAGUGUUGUCUGA